AUGCCCAAGCACCUACGAAUCGGCCGAAGCAAUAAAUGCUUACACCGUCAAUCAGACAUCAAGACAUUAGCGAGCAACCAACCGAACCUCCUCAACUCCCUCGAACCGGCGUUCAAGAGAUACAAUGAAGAGCAGUACACAACGGUCAAGCUACCGGGAAGCAGCGAAGCAACGAUCAUAAGCCAGUACAACUCAUUAGGCGACGGCCGAUACUUCGACACAGCCAGCCAGACCUCAUUCGCCGUCGACCAUGCCACGCAGCAAGCCUCGGACACACAACAACACCCUCUCGAAUCCCAACACGCCGAUCUCAUCCGCUCCCUCCUGAAAUCCUUCUCCACCGCCUCCGCCGAACACUUUCCCUCCUCCUCCAUCGGCGUCUACCCCAUCUCCUCCGACUCCGCGAUCGCCCUCGCCCUCGUAGCCAACAAAUACUCCCCGAAAAACAUGUGGAACGGCCGCUGGCGCAGUACAUACACCUUCACCCCAUCAUCCAGCACGCUCAGCGGGACCGUCAAAGCAGACGUGCACUACUACGAAGACGGCAACGUGCGCAUGUCGACGAGCAAGAAGUUGGAAUUGAGCGUUGGGUCGUCGGGUGGGAGUGCGGAGGGCGUGGUGAGGGAGAUUGCGAAAGCGGAGAACAAAUUCCAGGAGGAGCUGAAUCGGGCUUUUGGGACAUUGGCUGAGGGGAGUUUCAAGAGCUUGAGGAGGCAGUUGCCGGUCACGAGGCAGAAGAUUGAGUGGGAGAAGUUGGGGAGUUAUAGGGUAGGUGUUGAGGUGUUGAUUGUAUUUGGGGUUUGCGUAUACUGA